UAUUUUUAUCUUAAUUUUUUUUAUUUUAAUCUUGGGUUUUGUAUCUUGGAUGUUGUGUUUGACCCUUUUUUACAGGUUUAUGGGGAUUAUCAGACUGUCCUAAAGUACUUGUAUCUUACGGAGUACUGUAAUUCUGAAAGCGUGAAGCUGUGGAAAAUUGAAGUAGUCAAAUACAUUAGCAAAUUGGCAAUGUUGAAUGGUGAUAACUGAUAAGUACUUGAAACAUUCUCAAGGUGAGCUAUUUUCUUGCACAAAAAUGAUUUCUUGUUAAAAACUUGAAUAAAAUGGUGACAUCCCAAGAUGAGAACAAAUGGUGUGUGUAUAAUUGUAUAUGCAAUAUGCUGUUCUGUUACACAAAUGUUCUCCAUUAAUUUAUUGCUUUUUCCGUCGAAUUUCGCAUCCCCUCCUUUGAUUAGAAAAUAUGUCUGAUAUGUUUUGGGAAUUUGAUCUUUUCGGAUUCUCAAUCGUUUUUUUGUUUAUUUAAAUUAUAGGUUUGUUGGCCUUAUGUUGUCUUCCUGGGAAUCUUUUGUAUAAAAAAAGGUUUAAUUUUCAGGUUUCGUCUUUCCUACUUAACCUGGUAUUGUUUUAUGAUAAUCUCACAUGAUUCGCCUUUUGGUUUCUUAUGCAGGGUAAUAAUUGACAAUGAUACUUCUGACACUGCCACUAUAAUACAGGUUGGCGGUGCUAGGCAUGAGAUUCUUUGUGAAACAAUUCGAAUCCUCACCAAUUUAAGUCUUGUCUUGACUAAAGCUUAUGUUUCAUGCGAGGAUGGAUGGUUCAUGGAUGUCUUUCAUGUCGUGGACUUGUAUGGGCAGAAGAUCCUAGAAGAAGGACUUAUUGACCAUAUAUACAAGGCUCUUGCAGCUGAGAGAUGUUUCUUCAACUCAGCAACUGAGACAGUCGAACUGUUGUCACACCAAGGCUACACUAUGGUUAUGUUGAGAGGCAUUGACAGGCCAGGGUUGCUGUAUGAGCUUUCUGAGGCUUUAACACAUCAUGGAUGUCAUAUUGUGAAUGCGGACUUGUGGACUCAUAAGCAUCAUGCUUCAGCAAUUAUAAAUGUAGUAGAUGAAUUUUCAGGGUGUGAAAUCAUUGACAGUACAAGAAUAUCCAGGAUCAAGAAAGAUUUGGGCCGUAUAAUCAAACCGUCAGUCAAGUUCAGGUCUCCACAAAGACUAAAACACAAAACUGGUAAACUCUAUGAUGUGAAAACUGCCAAUAAAGAAAACGUGGAGAUUCAAAAUGUUGAAGGCAAGCGUUCAAGAACACGCAUUACAGUGUCAGACUGCAAGGACAGAGACUAUACGCUUGUAGAAAUAUGGUCCGACGACAGAACAAAACUUUUGCUUGAUACAAUAAGUGCUCUGAUGGUUAUGCAAUAUGCAGUGUUUCAUGGAUCAGUAACAAUAGGAAAGAUGGAUACUCACCAGGAAUACUACAUUAGGCAUAUUGAUGGACGCACAAUCAGCACAGUGGAGGAGCGUAAAUACCUGCAGGCGAUUCUUGAACAAACCAUUAAUAGUCCGGACUCAGAGGGGGUGGAGCUGGAAAUUUGUACUGAUAGCAAGCUAAUUCAAUUAUCUGAGGUCACGACUGUAUUUAAAGAUAUGGGUUGCUGGAUCAAGGGAGCACAGAUUUCUACUGUUGAUGAAAAAGCAAAACACAUUUAUUGGAUCACUGAUAUAAGCGGUAAAACUGUUGAUCAGAAGACCAUGGAUUUGAUACAGGAGCAGAUUGGGGAAACAUGCUACCGGCGAAGCAAAAGCUAGGUUGCUCCCCCAUGGCAUUCCAACGGAAAGCUAGAGGCUUUUUUUUUGGUAAUCAAAUGAGGCGUCUAGCUGCACUGAUAAACAACUUUUUCAUGUCUAACCAGUAAACCAUUCUGCAGAAUAACUGUUUUCCUAAAUACAGUUAUUGUAUUAGGGUACAUAAACAAUUAUAUCACUACACUUUUGUACCUUGGUGAUCUGAAAUAAAUUAAUAAAAUGAGCAUUCAAAAGCAACAAAUUUUAAUCUUUA